GUGUUGCUGCUGUCCAGUUGGAAGGGAACCUCAGGUUCUUGCCUACUGGCCAGAGCCCUUCACAGAAUGUCCCCCACCCCCGCCAAGCCCGGCUGCCCACUGCCCCUCCCCCUCUGCAGAAUGUCUGGGGUCCUGUGUUCCAAACCUGUUUAUAUGCAAAUUAUCCCUGCUCCACUUGGACUCAGGAGGAUCUGCUGAGUCAGGUCACUCUCUGGGUCCUGCCCUUGACUUUUUUCAUUGCGGAAGCUGCCAGACAGUGGUGGUCAGUGCCCAGCCUGAGGGGAUGGCUUCAAAUGGAGCAUACCCAGUGCUGGGACCCGGCGUGACCGUGAACCCUGGCACCUCCCUGUCUGUGUUCACGGCUCUGCCCUUUGCCACACCCGCUCCCGGCCCAGCACACAGGCCGCCCCUCGUGACUGCAGUGGUUCCUCCAGCCGGCCCUCUGGUGCCCUCUGCCUUCCCCAGCACCCCUCUAGUGGCAGGACAGGAUGGCCGCGGCCCGAGUGGGGCCGGGGCUUCCAACGUCUUUGUCCAGAUGAGGACAGAAGUGGGGCCUGUGAAGCCCCCUCAGGCACAGACCUUGAUCCUAACUCAGGCCCCCCUCGUCUGGCAGGCUCCAGGCACCCUCUGUGGAGGUGUCAUGUGUCCACCUCCCCUACUCCUGGCAGCUGCUCCUGGGGUGCCCGUUACAUCUGCCCAGGUGGUUGGGGGCACCCAGGCCUGUGAGGGAGGCUGGUCCCAUGGCCUUCCUCUUCCACCACCACCACCGGCUGCCCAGGUGGCCCCCAUCGUGUCCCCAGGGAACGCUGGGCCAUGGCCACAAGGGGCUCAUGGAGAGGGCAGCCUGGCUCCCUCCCAGGCCAAGGCCCCGCCGGACGACUCCUGUAAACCCAAGAGUGUCUAUGAGAACUUCCGACUCUGGCAGCACUACAAGCCCCUGGCCCGGAGGCACCUUCCCCAGAGUCCUGACACUGAAGCGCUUUCCUGCUUCCUCAUCCCAGUUCUCCGAUCCCUGGCCCGGCGGAAGCCCACCAUGACGCUGGAGGAGGGACUGUGGCGGGCCAUGCGGGAAUGGCAGCACACGAGCAACUUUGACCGGAUGAUCUUCUACAAGAUGGCGGAAAAGUUCCUGGAGUUUGAGGCUGAGGAGGAGAUGCAGAUUCAGAAAUCGCAGUGGAUGAAGGGGCCCCAGAGCCUGCCUCCUCCAGCCCCGCCGAGGCUUGAACCUCGAGGACCCCCUGCCCCUGAGGUGGUCAAGCAGCCAGUGUACCUUCCCAGCAAGGAUGGCCCCAAGGCCCCAACUGCCUGCCUGCCACCACCCAGGCCCCAGAGGCCAGCGGAGACCAAGGCCCACCUGCCACCACCCAGGCCCCAGAGGCCAGCGGAGACCAAGGCCCACCUGCCACCACCGAGGCCCCAGAGGCCAGCGGAGACCAAGGCCCACCUGACACCACCCAGGCCCCAGAGGCCAGCGGAGACCAAGGCCCACCUGCCACCACCCAGGCCCCAGAGGCCAGCGGAGACCAAGGCCCACCUGCCACCACCCAGGCCCCAGAGGCCAGCGGAGACCAAGGUCCCUGAGGAGAUCCCCCCUGAAGUGGUGCAGGAGUAUGUGGACAUCAUGGAGGAGCUGCUGGGGUCUCACCCUGGGGACACAGGGGAGCCUGAGGGACAACGGGAAAAGGGCAAAGUGGAGCAGCCGCAGGAAGAGGACGGGAUGACCUCAGACCCGGGCCUCCUGAGCUACAUUGACAAGCUGUGUUCCCAGGAAGACUUUGUCACCAAGGUGGAGGCCGUCAUUCACCCCCGAUUCCUGGAAGAAUUGCUUUCCCCAGAUCCACAGAUGGAUUUCUUGGCCCUAAGCCAGGAGCUGGAGCAGGAGGAAGGACUCACCCUUGACCAGCUAGUGGAGAAGCGCCUCCUGUCCUCGAAGGAGAAACAGUGCGGGAGGGCAGCCCCUCGACAUGGCACGGCCCGGUUGGACUCAAGUCCUUCUAAGUUUGCAGCUGGCCAAGAAGCAGCGAGAGAGGUCCCUGACCCCCAACAAAGGGUCAGCGUGGAAACCUCCCCACCCCAGACGGCUGCCCAGGACCCUCAGGGACAGGGCAGAGUGCGCACUGGCAUGGCCAGGUCCGAAGACCCUGCUGUGCUUUUGGGAUGUCAGGAUUCCCCCAGGCUGAAGGCUGUCCAGCCAACCUCUCCUCCCCAGGACCACAGACCCACCUGCCCCGGCCUGGGGACCAAGGAUGCCUUGGGUCUCCCUGGAGAGUCUCCUGUCAAGGAGUCACACAGGCUGGCUAAGGGGUCAAGUGAGGAGACGGAACUCCCUGGCAUGGUCUAUGUCGUGGGUUCCCACCACAGGCUGAGGCCCUGGAGGCUGUCCCAGAGCCCUGUCCCUUCCUCGGGCCUUCUCAGCCCAGGAGGGCGAGGACCCCAGGGAGCUCUUCAGUCUCCAUCUGCUCAGAAAAGAGGCCUCAGCCCAGCACCCUCUCCCACCAGCAAGUCCAAGAAGCGACCUCUCUUUGGAAGCCCAUCCCCUGCUGAAAAGACACCGCACCCAGGGCCUGGGCUCAGGGUCUCUGGGGAGCAAUCCCUGGCUUGGGGGCUGGGUGGCCCCUCACAGUCUCAAAAGAGAAAGGGUGACCCCUUGGCCUCCAGGAGGAAGAAGAAGCGGCAUUGUAGCCAGUAGGGGCCGCCAUGGGGCAGACUCUCUGAUGCCAGUCCCCAAAGGUGGGGGUCUGAACUCUCGGACCCUCAUGGCACCCGGUGCCCCAAAGCAAAGGCUACUUCUCCUCCAGUGCUGAUCUUGCUGGGCCUUAGCUUUGGAGAGUAGGGGAAGGAGGGGAGGGAGGGGAGGGAGAAGGUGGCUGAACGGGGAGGGCAGGAAGGGAGGAAGGUAGGGGAGGGAGAGAGUGGCUGAAUGGGGAGGGCGAGAAGGGAGGGCCUGGGGGGUGGGAAGCAGUGCCUUGGGGGCCUUCUGUGUAAAUGUGAAUAAAUGUAGUUGUUUUGG